AUGCCGGCUCCUAGACCCGCCGUGCGCUCUAAAAAAGAGAGUAACCACCCUUACAUAAACAGUUUGGGUUAUAAUGACCGAGGUGGAUUUAACAGUAAACAGGGCGUACCUGUUACCACUUCCACUCAAACUCGUACUAAUAGUAUGUAUGCUUCCAUGGCAACUGCUUUCUUAAAGGAUAAUCCCUCUCUUCAAAUUUCUCAAAAAUUAGAGACAAAUUCAUUAAAAACCAAGAAGGUCCAACCUAAUUCUAUUCAUCGCCCGACAACCCCUUCAAGCAGCAAAAAGAAUUUUGUUGAAAAAAAUAAAAACUUACCAAAGAUAAAGAAAGUUGAUAGUUCAUCGACCAUAAAACAACGUUCUCCUGCUGUUUCAGCUGCAAGACCAAUUACUCCUCACGAAGUAAAACCAUUAAAGAGUAGUUUAAAGAAAAAGAGCUUCCCAUCAUCGAGUGAUACGUCUUCAAUUGGUUCAUCUUCUUCCGUCUCUCCUGUUCAAAAAACAACACCUACUUCUACUCGCCGCCAAGUAUCUCCACCUCCGUCAAUUUCUAAUCAUAAUGCUUCUGCACAUUUUCGUUCUCAUGAUGCUUCAGCACAUAUUCGUUCUCAUGUUCAUGCUAAUUCUCCCGACAACAUACUUCAGGAUCAAAUUAGGAAAUUGAAACAUCAAAUAGAAGAACAAGAAGAAGAUUUGCGUUAUUUUAGAUUAGAACAUGAUGACAAUGAGGAUACUAUCAAAGCCUUGAGAUCAAAAAAUGACAAACUUUUAGAACAAAAUAAAGAAUUAGAGGAAGAAAAUAGAUUAUUGCGUAUUCACAUUGAAGAAAUUGAAGAAAGAAAAUCAAAAAAACAAGGAACUUUUGAAAUCCUUUCGGCAAUAAAGAAUAACCAUCAAAGAGUUCUUGGUGUUCAAUCUGUUCAAUCUGUUCAAUCUGAUAUGACUUUCAGAUCAACCUCAACCUUAUCUUCUAUCCCCCUUACUCGAUCAUCUUCAACCCUUUCUUCUGAUACCGGAAAAUCUACAAUCAGCUCAAUUUCUACCCAAAGCGAUAAGGAGUUUGAUACUUUCGAAAAUAAAAAUUUCAAAAGUAUUGCAUUGCCUCAUGUAAUCUCAAAAGUUGGUGAGUCUACAAGACAAUCUAUAUCAUCUUUUCCGUCUACUAUGGCUUCCGACAAUAAUUUAGAAAGACUUACCAGACCUACUGCACCAACUCCGACAAGAAUGGAUAGAACUCCAUUUUCAGUUAGACAAAUUGAAUCGAAUUAUGAUGAUUAUAAGACUUUGGGUUAUGCAAAAAGUGCUGCCGCUUCUAUGGACAUCAUGGAAUAUUCUGACGAAAGCGACAGUGACGAUUCUGAUGACUCUGAGAUUAUGGAAUAUAGUCAACUCGGACUUCCACAAGGCACUUUGAAUCCUAGCUCUCCAAUAAAUGAUGAUUAUUACGAUGAAUUUUUGAACCAUGAUUAUUAUGAUUCAGAUGCCUUGUCGAAACCUGAUUUGGAUGCAAUUAUUGAGGAGGAGGAUGAAGAUGAUGAAUUUGAAUUAGAACCAUUCCAAAUACAAAAAUUGCAAAAACAAAAAUCUAUUGUAUAUUCAUCUAAUUUUACGAAAUCUGUUGCCUCCGUAGUUAGAAAUGUUGAUUCUUAUAACAAUGGCUUUUCCAAAGAUUUCCCACCAUCAAUUUCCGCAUCAUCAAGUUCAAUUGGGUUAACACAAAUGAAUAGCUCUGUGGCAUCUAGAUCUAGUGCACGUCCAUUAUCCCCCGCCUCUUCUACUCGUACAGCUACCCCAAACACAUCCGCACGUGUAAAAUCUAAUUCUCCAUCUUCAUCACGGUCAUCAACUCCUGUCACGUUUGAAUCAAGUCGUUGCCAUUCUCAAGUUCGGCAAAGCCGUCUUAAUGAAACUUCUGGUAGUUCAAAUGUGUUACCACCACCACCUCCUCAAAACUAUACAAAAUCAUAUCAACAUUAUUUACGUUUGAUAUUCGAAAACUCAAUUAAUGAGGAUCCCAAGAAGUUUUAUGAUAUCAAAAAAGUAAUUGACGAAGGUUCCUCUGCUAAAGUUUAUACUGCUCAUUCUUUAACUAAUCCAUCAGAAGAAUGUGCCAUCAAGAUAAUUCCUCUUGACUAUUCAUUGGAAUUCAUUUUUAAUGAAAUAUAUGUAUUGAGAAAUUUUAAACAUAAAAAUAUUGUUGAUUUUAAAGAAAGUUACUUGAGAUGGAAUGGUAGCAGUACUCGUGAUGUUUGUAUUGCCAUGGAGAAAUGUGUUCGUGGUGAUAUCACUAACCGUGCUGGUAAAAUAACUCAACGUGAAGCAGGACGAAUAGCUGGACAGCUUUUAGAAGCUUUAAACCAUUUACAUUCUCACGGUGUAAUUCAUCGUGACCUUAAGCUUUCUAACAUUUUGUCAAAUUCUGACAAUGAAAUCAAGCUUGCCGAUUUUGGAAUAGCAUCAUUGACACCAACUUCAACCACAUCUAUGGUUGGAACAAUUCCAUAUAUGGCUCCAGAUGUAGUUCGUGUCGCAUCAGACAGACCUUACGACACUAAAGUUGACAUUUGGUCAUUAGGUGUUUGUAUAUUAGAACUUCUAACUGGAAAAGCUGCAUGGGGAAAUAUUCGUGAUGACCAAAUCAUGGAUAAGCUACGAAAAGGUGAAUUACCACACGGUAUGCAUCGUCUUCGUAACAAAGAAGACACAAGAUGGGAAACUAUCAGCUUUUUGGAACAAUGUUUUGCACCAAACUGCGAAACAAGAUGGUCUGCUGAAAAACUAUUAAAUGUAUGA